AUGACUAAAAUAGACAUGAUGUUGAAAUGGCAUCAUGGUGGUGGUGGUGGUGGUGGUUGUGGAGGUGGAGGUGGAGGAGGUGGUGGUUGUGGUGGUGGUGGUGAUGGCAAUGGCGGUGGUUGUGGAGGUAGUGAAUGUGGUGGUGCAAGUGGUGGAGUUGGAUAUGGAAGUGGAGGUGGUGUCAUUUUUUAA